GACAAAACGUUCCUAUGUUUGUUUCCGCCCGAGCGUUUAUGGGGGAGGACGCGGUGGAGAUGGCAGAGGGGGAGAAUGUCAGUGAGGACGGAGAGAAACUGCAGCUGAUAAAAGGUGGUGCCUUCCUUACAACAGUAGCCACUGCAGGAGUAAUAUUUGGAUUCGGGUCAACGCUGGCCUUGGCUAAGAAGAAAAGCCCUGAAUGGUUUAAUAAGGGUCUUGUGGGGUCAGCAGCGGUGCCCGAGAGUGGAGCAUCACUAGCCCUGCGUGCCCUGGGAUGGGGUUCUCUAUAUGCCUGGUGUGGAGUCGGCCUCCUCAGUUUUGCUGUCUGGAAGGCUUUGGGGGUCCACAGUUUGGUGGAAUUUCGACAGAAAAUGCAGUCUAUUUUCCCAGCCAUCCCGAAAACUGAAGAGGCACAACAAAAUACGACACCUUUUGAUUGGGACUCUAUAUUCAAGUCAAAAUAAUGAGUUAAUACUGGUAGCCUUAAAAGAAUUUACAGACUGCACACUGGACGAUCAGCCUGCUUUGUAUUGAGCUCUGGGUGAGAACGAAUGAACCUUCUUUCCAGUGCUUGAUCUGAGAGACUGCUUUGGUGGUGAUUUAUUCUCAUCUAUGAUGUUUAACUCUCAUAAGCUGGUCUCAGCGCAGACCGUGAAACUAGGAGUGGGCAACUGGACACUGUUAUUGUAUUAAAUAGCCUCACAAUACAGGCAUAAAGUCAGUACCUGUAGAAGAAGUACAUCGUAAAAAAGACAUCCAGUGUGUAGUACCGGCAAAAACUGCAUAGUAACAGGUAGCUGAUUAAAUGUCAGCAUUUUAUGCUAUAACAUUAUUUCACUAAUUUAUUUUGAUUUUUCUUUUUGUUCCUUCUUGAAGCCACUGUACUAAAUGUUUCGGUCUGUUUUGUUUUAAAUGUUUGCUGGUGUAUUUUGUCUGUCCUACACCUUAAUAUCAUGAUAAGUUUUCUGAAAAUGUCA